UAUGGUAAAUAAGAUGGAGUACUUGCAGCUUGGUUACUGUGAAGAAAAAGGCAUGCAUGUACCGGUAACCUUAGAGUCUUAGACUUUGUGCUUCUGUACUUUGUGUACUAGAAAAAGUGAAAAAUCGAGGAACAGUGUUACUACAGUUAAACUACGAUUGGAAAUGUUUAAAAACACGGAAAACUCAAGUCGCGCCAAUGUUUCUUUACUUAUGCAUGGGACAAUGCUCAUGUUUGCUUCAUCAUAUCUCUUUGUUUUAGUCAACCCCUUGAAUUCAAUAAUCAAAACAAUAUAUAAUGAAACUUACAUGGAACGGAAUGGUGUGGCUAUGUCUAAAUCUACCUGGGCAGUCUAUCUUUCACUUACCUCAUCUUUUUUCAUAAUUGGUGGCUUAGUUGGUGGUUUGGGGAUGCAGUUCAUACUGAAAAUUACAAGUAGAAAAAGGCUAAUGCAACUGGCUCAUGUAAUUAAUAUACUAAGUGUCAUAUUAAUUGCUGGGGUUGGGAAAAUCACAGAAUCAUAUGAAGUUUUUAUCGUGGGAAGAUUUGUUGGAGGAAUAUGUUUUGGACUUAGUUUCAACCUGCCCAGUUUAAUGGUUUCUGAAACCAGUAUUAAACAAAAGCAAAACUUUUGGCAAUCAAUAAUUAGUGUUUCCAGCUGUUGUGGAAUCCUCUUUGCUGUUAUUAUGGGAAAUGACAAGGUACUGGGAUCAUUAACUUUGUGGCCAGUUGCGUUUUCAAUCGGAGCCUUACCUUCUAUAGUUUACCUCAUUACAAGUCUGUUCUUGCCGGAUAUACCUUAUGAUGUUCUUCAUAGAUUAGGAAAACAGGAAGCUUUAAAUGUGUUACGAACAUUAAGAAAUGGCUCUAAGGAACUUAUUCAUCAAGAAUACGAAUUGCUUCAGCCAGAUAUUGAAUUAACUAGGAAAAUAGGAAUCAUCGAGAUAUUAAGCAUACAGAAUUACAAUUAA